AUGGCAAGGACUAAAAGACAGAAGAUUAAUGGAAAUACACUUGUUGAUCAACCCGAGGAUAUAGUUGAAAAUCAGAUUCACAUUGAGGAACCUAAUUCUACAAAUGAAGAAAAUGCAGAUGAAAAUUCACAAAGAAAAACUAGAGGGCCAACAUAUAUGACAGAAAUAUGGGGUAAACCUAGUAGUUGUCAUCGGUACAAAGUUAGAUUUGAUAAGGAUAGUGAGCCUGUUGGUAAGAACAAGUCCAAAUUUGCUGAGUUCUUAGGAACAAUAGCAAGAAAUGGAAAGUAUGCUCCUAUAGACGUGACAGAUUGGCGUGAAAUGACAACUGAUAAGAAGCAAGACAUGCUUGUACUAGUGAAGGAAAAAUUUCGUCUUCCUCCAGGUGCAGAUUUCUGGACUUUGAAAUCUAUUGGCAAAAAAUGGAGAAAUUGGAAAUCAGCUUUAAAGGCAAAAUAUUACAAUCCAAAUGAAUCCAUUGAGAGUCAAAUUAACAAUAGGGAUCAACGGAUCUUGAAAGAUCAGUGGAGAAAUCUUCUGGCUUAUUGGAGCUUAGAGGAAACAAAGAUGAAAAAAUUAGGUCAUCUUCCAUCACGAGUUGACAUGUUCGAACACUGUUAUACUGACUCAAAUGGAAACCCGGGAAAUGAUGACGUUGCAACUACAUUGGUGACUUUGAAAGAAAAAGUUAGCCAACUUCCUCCUGGUUCUAAUGAUGAUGUUGGUCGUGAUGAUACAUUCGCCCAAGUAUUUAGGGAAGAUAAGAAUGGACGUGUGCGCAUGUAUGGUCUAGGUGUGACACCAUCAGACAAAUGGGGUAAUGCACCUAGUCGCAGCACUUGUCAGCGUAUUGUUAUGGAGCAAAAGGCAGCAAUUUCUAAGAUGGAAGAAAAAUUUGCUGAACAAGAUCAGCAGCUUAAAGACCAAGCCAAAGAACUUACAGAGCUCAAAGCAAUGGAAGGUGAUUGGGUGGAUAUUGUCAGUUUGCUUGAUCCAACAAAAUAUCUAGCUAUUGGUUGCCUCCAAGGAAUUGAUCCUUCUAAAGUUGUUGGCGGACAAUCAUUAGGACCAUGUUGGUGUGAAAUACUAGUACAAAUUGUGGUGGAACGCAGCGAACAAUUGAUUAGGCCUUAUGGGCUCUUGCAGACAAUUGAAGAUGCACUUGGUGCACCGAUUGCUUGGCCACUGAAAUUGGUAAAGAUUCAUGAGGAUUGA